AUGGCUCCCAUUACGAAUAACGGCCCUGCGCCGUCAUCGGAAACCCUCACUUAUGACUAUCGGAAUUCAAUGCGAGGAUGGGAUAUCGUCACCCAAGUGGUAUGCCUGGUCAUCGGCACGAUUUGCGUUGCGCUGCGAAUGUUUUCGAAGCUAUUUAUUGUAGGGAAACCGAUAUUGGAAGAUUGGACUUGUCUUUUGGCCUGGGUAUCCGACAAGCACGGUAGCGGUAUCCAUCAAUGGCUGGUAGCCGAUUCUGACGUUAAAGAUUUCUCCAAGAUCGCAAACAUCGCGCAAAUUGCCUACGGCCCCCUAAUUUUUAUCACCAAACUCUCCAUCCUCCUCCUCUACAUCCGCUUGUUCACAACCAUCGUCCAGAAAACAACAACAUACAUGAUCAUCCAGUUCCUCAUCUGGUUCAACUUCUUCUUCUACCUAGCCGACACCAUCGUCAAGAUCUUCGAGUGCACACCGCGGCAUAAGAUCUGGGAGAAAUCUGUGGAAGGGUCGUGUAUCAACAUCAACAUUCCGAUUCUGGUGACCUCGGCUAUCAAUGUGGCGUCGGAUUUCAUGAUUCUGUUGCUGCCGAUCGCGUGCGUGUUGAAUAUGAUGCAGAAGACUAGGGCGACGAAGAUUGGAAUAUUGGCGAUUUUUGUGGCGGGUUCAUUUGGCUGUUGCGCCAGCGUCGUCAGACUAGUUUUCAGCGUCAAGAACAGCAACACCGCCGACAAGACCCAUGACUGGUUUCCCGAGUUUCUCUGGACAACGGCAGAAGUCACCUGCGGCAUCAUUGCCAGCUGCCUCCCCGUCCUACAAGUCCGCUACCUCUUCCGAAGAGCCGCAACCCAACUCUCCUGUUUCAGCGAAGCAAGCGCCAGCAGUUCAAGGAGACACCACCACAACAACAGCCCUAGCCAGAUACAACAGCAGAAGAAAAAGCCACCGCGCGGCUGGAUGGCGACGGAGGAUAGCGAUAUUCUCAAAUACAGCACUUGGGAGUUAGAGGGGGAUUGCAGCAACAAUGAUGACAAUAGCAACAACACCUCGAACAACAGAAGUAACACAAAUACCAUCAAGAGCAACAGCAAUGCGAAUACGAAUACGAAUCCCAGCACAAAUACAAACACCAGCAGCAAUAACACCACCGAAAUCCGAAGCCCUGCAGAAAGCCAGAGCCAGAUAUUUCAGGGCGCCUCCUACUCAACAGCAGAAGCGAAAGCGGAUGCAACGCCUCUAGCAUCAACGGGGGCAUCGCCUGAUGCGUCGUGCGUGGAUAUUGAAAAGACGUAUCCGUCGCAGGGGAUUCUGAGGACUAUUGAGGUGGAUGUUGAGUCUGCGCCGGGGAAGGGGCAGGGGUAG